CUGUAUCGAUCGAUACAUUUCACCAAUUGUCAAGAAAUUCCCGUACACAUGUCACAAUUACCCGAAAAAAUUUUCAAAAAAUUCGCCGUGUAUUCUGUACAUUCAGUGACCAUACCGCAAAUCGCAACGUCUCCGGAAAUGGCCACCAUCCAAGAGGUGCUGAGCAAGACCGAGAAGAAGCUGGAAGAGGGCCUUCGAAUGCACAUGAUGGCCGAGAGGAACCAAGAGGACAUCAGCACGCACUUGCGCGUCCUCAAAAGCAGGUUGAUGGAGCUGGGCACCCGGUACCAGGACAGCGAGGACGAGUCGGCCAUCAGCACCAUCAAAGAUCUGAACAGGAUGUUCAUGCAGGUGGAGGAGAAGUUGGUGGAGUAUCAGGACGUGAACGACACUUUGCUCUCCGACUUGGAGACGUCCGAGAAAUUCUUCAAGUCGUCGAAGGUGGUGUCGCUAACUACGCCUGAAAAACUGGCCGAGCUCGAAUCCAAAGUGGAGGAAAUCCACGACGAGACCAUCAGGCAGACGAUCAUAUUUAGAGACAAGAUUGCAGUCAUAAAAGAGGCCAUCAACAAAAAAGUCGACGAAUUAACCGGAACAUUAGAUAAUUUCAUUAACACGAAACUUUAAGAUUAUUUUUAUUAAAGUAUUUUAACUACUUAUUUACUUUAUUUGAUGUUAAAAAUUACUGUAAUGAAGUGUGUAUGGGAAAUCUAUAAUUAAAUUCUUAGAGACUGAA